GCGUAGAAGAAGAAGUCCGUUUGUAGCGGCAAUGAAAGGACAGCGUGCCAUUUCCACUUAAACGAAAACAUAAGCAUAGCUUACUUUAGCGAUAAUAACUAUCGAAGCACAUUACUAGCAAAACCCAACUCGUAGAAGAGACUAUAAGGACUCUGUUGGAAAGAUGUCUUUGGUUUGUGCAAUCUCCAACGAGGUCCCGGAGCACCCGUGUGUCUCCCCGGUGUCCAGCCAGGUGUUCGAGCGCCGGCUGAUCGAGAAGUACAUCGCAGAGAAUGGGACCGACCCGAUGAACGGACAACCGCUGUCCGAGGAGCAGCUCGUCGAUAUCAAAGUGUCCCAUCCUAUUAGACCAAAGGCUCCAUCAGCAACAAGCAUUCCUGCCAUUCUCAAGUCCCUUCAAGAUGAGUGGGAUGCUGUUAUGCUCCACAGCUUCACCCUGCGGCAACAGCUGCAGACAACUCGCCAAGAACUCUCUCAUGCGCUUUACCAACACGAUGCUGCAUGCAGAGUCAUCGCUCGGCUCACCAAAGAGGUCACUGCUGCGAGAGAAGCUCUUGCCACACUCAAACCCCAGGCUGGAUUGGUUGCUCCUCAGGCAAUCCCCACCUCCCAGCCAGCUGCAGCAGGUGCGGGCGGAGAGCCCAUGGAGAUCAGUGAACAGGUUGGAAUGACCCCGGAGAUCAUUCAAAAGCUUCAAGACAAAGCUACCAUCCUCACCACAGAGAGAAAGAAGAGAGGAAAAACUGUCCCAGAGGAGCUCGUUAGAGCCGAGGAUCUUAGCAAAUACCGCCAAGUGUCUUCUCAUGCUGGUCUUCAUAGUGCCAGUGUCCCUGGUAUUCUGGCUCUGGAUCUGUGUCCCUCAGACACCAACAAAGUUCUUACUGGUGGAGCCGAUAAGAACGUGGUGGUGUUUGACAAAAGCGACGAACAGAUUGUGGCAACUCUUAAGGGUCACACCAAGAAGGUCACCUCUGUCAUUUACCAUCCAUCCCAGUCCGUGGUUUUCUCUGCAUCUCCGGACAGCACCAUUCGCGUGUGGUCUGUCGCCGGGGGUAACUGUGUCCAAGUGGUGCGUGCCCACGAGGGAGGUGUCACCGGACUCUCCCUUCAUGCUACUGGAGACUACCUGCUCAGCUCCUCUGAGGAUCAGUACUGGGCCUUUUCUGACAUCCAGACUGGGCGAGUCCUCACCAAGGUUACUGAUGAAAGUGCUGGCUGUGCUCUCACCUGUGCUCAGUUCCACCCCGAUGGUCUUAUUUUUGGCACUGGGACGGCUGAUUCCCAAAUCAAGAUCUGGGACCUGAAGGAGCGCACCAACGUGGCCAACUUCCCCGGCCACUCUGGCCCCGUCACCAGCAUCGCUUUCUCUGAGAAUGGAUAUUAUCUGGCUACAGGAGCCCAGGAUAGCUCCAUCAAACUGUGGGAUCUGAGGAAACUGAAGAACUUCAAGACCAUCACUCUGGACAACAACUAUGAGGUGAAGUCGCUCGUGUUUGACCAGAGCGGAACCUACCUGGCAGUUGGAGGGUCCGACAUCCGUGUUUACAUUUGCAAACAGUGGUCCGAGGUCCUCAACUUCACAAACCACACAGGAUUGGUGACCGGAGUGGCCUUUGGAGAGAACGCUCAGUUCCUGACCUCCGCAGGAAUGGAUAGAAGUCUCAAAGUAUACAGUUUGUAGGGUAAUACAUGACAACUUACUUAGAGGAGAGUAAAACGUUUUUUUGUCUUGAGCAGUCACUAUUCUGGACACGGGCCUGUAGAGAGAAAUCAUUGCCGACUUUGCUUCCUUAGUGUGUUAGUCCUCGUGUCCAGGAAUGAGACCACACGAUAUUUUUUGCCGUAUGAAUCUGGCAGUAUGGUUAGGAUAAAAUGUUUGUUGGCGUUGUGAGUCUGACAUGUAAAUGAUGUGAAAUGAGAUGCAAAGCCCGUAGAUUGUUCUUGUCUGAUUUGCCAGCAAUUAUAAUUUACUGUAGUUUUUUUUGGGAGGGGGGGGGGUCUUAUUUUUCAUUCUAAUACAACUCAAGUGUUGUGGUACAUUGUUGACGACUAAUUGGUGUCACAACAACCUGGUUCACUCAGUGAUGUAGACAUUCUUUGUUACAUUAUGGUUAGGGUUAAAUGGAAAAUACAUCUGUAGUAAUGUACAGAACAACUAAGAGGAAAAUGAACAGCUGUUUGAGAUUCAUGUUCAUCUGAAAAAUGUAGUCUUGUUUAACCUCCCUUUUGGUUUAAUUUACCGUUUCUUUUACUCCAUUUAAAGUUUUCCAAUUGUAUAUUUCUCAUUCCUUGCUGUUUUACCCAUUGCCGCUCUGCCCUUUUACAAUAAAAUAAAAUAUCUUUUGUAUUGCCA